AUGGUCGAUUUAUUUAAAAUAAGAUUCACAGGCGCGACUUCUACAGCCAGCGUUCAGCAGACCUACUCUCUACUUCCGCAAGUCGAUGCCGCACCGAGCUUGACUCCAACAAUUUAUGAUUCGCAGGCCCCGAAUCCGCAGGAGUGCCCUGGCUACAAAGCUUCAAAUGUGGUCCAAAAUGAUAAAGGUGUGAUGGCAGAUUUGACUCUCUCGGGGUCAAAUUGUCAAGUAUUCGGGAAUGAUAUCCUAAAUCUGGUUCUUGAAGUUCAAUACCAGGCCAAGGAACGACUGAACGUGAAGAUCUACCCGAAGUAUCUGUCCCAUCACAAUACAAGUCAAUACAUCCUUCCGAGUUCCAUUGUUCCUGCGCCUGAGAGCGAUGGCAAGACUACCAAAUCAAACAGCGACCUCAUAUUUGAUUGGAGUGAUUCACCGAGUUUUCAGUUCAAGAUCACUCGAGCUUCCAAUGGGGAGGAGCUGUUCUCCACCUAUGGCCAUGUCCUUGUCUACGAAGAUCAAUUCCUCGAGGUGGUAACCAACAUGAUAUCCAAUUAUAAUGUGUACGGCCUGGCUGAAAACAUACAUGAAUUUUAUCUUGGCCACAAUUACACGCAAACUUUCUGGAACAGUGAUGUUGGCAUCACCUCUGGUAACCCACUUGACGGCAAUAUUUACGGCGUCCAUCCAUUCUACCAAGAGAGCAGAUACCAUUCGGGCAGCAACACCACGUCUCACAGAGUGUAUGCACGCAACGCCCAUGGACAAGAAUGGCUUUUGCGGUCGGACACUAUAACCUACCGCACAUUGGGUGGGAGUUUUGACUUCUACUUCCUCAGUGGCCAAGAGAAAGACGGAGGAUCUACGGCUGUCCAAACAAUUCGUCAGUACCAUGCUGGCUGUGUCGGACUACCCGCAAUGCAAAUGUUUUGGACACUCGGGCUACACCAGUGUCGCUUGGGCUAUGACAAUCUAUCGAUGAUCGAGCAGGUCGUUGACAAUUAUAAGGCAGCUGACAUCCCGCUUGAAAGUAUCUGGACCGACUUUGACAUGUUUGAUGGAUAUCGCAGCUUCAUCAACAACCCGGUCACCUACCCGGUUGACGCGAUGACGAAAUGGGUCGACACUUUACAUGAAAACAAUCAAUUCUAUGUCCCACUUGUUUGGUCAAACAUAUAUCGUCCGAAUCACGGUAAUGUCAGUGAUGCCUACGCCCCGUACCAGCGCGGUGCAGAACUGGAAACUUUUAUCCGGAACCCUCGUACGGGCGAUUUCUACACUGGUGACAACUGGCCAGGCUACAGCGUCUGGGGAGACUUUAUGGUGACUUCUUCAUAUGAAUGGUGGGCAAGUGAGAUCGAAACUUGGCACAAGCAAGUUCCAUUCGAUGGCGUUCUGAGCGAUCUCAGCGAGCCUGCUUCUUAUUGUGUAGGCUCCUGUGGAGAGGAUAAGCUUUAUCUGAAUCCGGUUCAUGGGUGA